UCUCUCAUCCAUCAUGAUUUAGGAGUGUUCAGAAUUCGAUUCGGACUCGAAAGUUUGAAACAAACUCCCAAACCAAUGGCUAGCAAUCCCUAUACAUCAACAUUACCUCCACCUUCAAAACCUCAAUUCAUAACAACCAUGAAAACAACCAAACCUUCAACAAAACCUACACUCAACUAUGCUUCUCUACCACUAACACCCACCAUCAAAACCAAACAACACUCUCCACACCAACCUUUCAAAUGGAAUAUCCUACAGCGAGCCGCGGCCGCAACAUUCGACAUGCUAGAAGCCGCUUUGGUGUCACAUGAGACCCGCAUUCCCCUCCCGAAAACUUCCGAUCCACGCGUACAAAUCUCCGGUAACUUCGCCCCGGUCCCCGAACAAUCCCCGAACCACAAUCUAACGGUUAGUGGUACCAUACCAAAUUGUAUAACGGGCGUGUACGUCCGCAAUGGAGCUAACCCGCUUUAUGAACCAAUAUCCGGACACCAUCUGUUCGAUGGUGACGGUAUGGUUCAUGCGGUUAGCUUCCACGGGGACUCCGUUAGCUACUCGUGUAAGCUAACGGAGACCCACCGCCUUGUUCAAGAGAGGGAAACCGGUCGUCCGGUUUUCCCUAAAGCAAUCGGGGAGCUUCACGGUCACUUCGGUGUGGUACGACUGGUACUACUUUACGCUCGUACUUUGUUCGGAUUGGUUGAUCCGAGCAAAGGAAUGGGGGUCGCGAACGCCGGGUUGAUUUAUUUCAAUAACCGGUUGCUCGCGAUGUCAGAAGAUGAUUUACCUUAUCAUAUACGGGUUACGUCAUCUUCAGAUAUUGAGACGGUUGGAAGGUAUGAUUUUUUUGGGACGCUCGGGUGCGCGAUGAUCGCGCACCCGAAGAUCGACCCGGUGACCGGGGAGAUGUUUGCGUUGAGCUACGAUGUUGUUCGGAAGCCGUAUUUGAAGUAUUUUAAGUUUACUAAAGAUGGUAAGAAGUCCCCAGCUGUGGAUAUUCAGUUAGAUGUGCCCACGAUGAUGCAUGAUUUUGCGAUUACUGAAAAUUAUGUGGUGCUUCCUGAUCAACAAGUGGUGUUUAAACUUGAAGAAAUGGCUAAGGGUGGAUCACCGGUGGUUUAUGACAACAACAAGAUGUCUAGAUUCGGUAUUUUAUCCAAAAACGCGAUAACAUCCGACGACAUGAUAUGGAUCGACUCGCCGGAAACCUUCUGCUUUCACUUCUGGAACGCUUGGGAAGAACCGGAGACGAACGAAGUCAUCGUGAUCGGGUCAUGCAUGAACCCACCAGACUCCAUCUUCAACAAUAACAACAAUAAUGAUCAUCUUGAAUGCAUUUUAUCCGAAAUCAGACUCAACUUAAAAACCGGCAAAUCAAUCAAACGCCCAAUCCUCCAAGGUUCCAAUCACCUCAACCUAGAAGCCGGUAUGGUGAACCGUUACAAACUAGGUCGAAAAACCCGGUUUGCAUACCUCGCCAUUGCCGAGCCAUGGCCUAAGGUUUCGGGGUUUGCGAAAGUCGACUUGGUUACAAGGGAAACAAAGAAGGUGAUGUAUGGUGAAGAGAGAUACGGGGGUGAGCCGUUUUUUGUUCCGAGUGGUUCGGGUUCGGAGAGGGAAGAUGAUGGUUAUGUUUUGGUGUUUGUUCAUGAUGAGAAGAUGUGGGAAUCAGAGUUGCAGGUUAUAAAUGCCAUGACUAUGGAGAUGGAAGCUUUGGUUAAGCUUCCAUCAAGAGUUCCAUAUGGGUUUCAUGGAACUUUCAUAAGGUCAGAAGAUUUGGCACAACAAGUAUAGGGUUAUUCAUGAAAAUAUUGAGCCGAGUCAGGGUUAGCUUGUGCUUGGAUUUGUCUGUGAACGUGCUGAGCUUAGGUGAGCUGGCUCGGUUUUUUAAACUAGCCGAUUUCAAGCGAGUUUUUUAAA